AUGGAUGAGCCAAGUAAGGGUAUUUUAAACCGCAACCCCCAGAACUCGCUGGGCAGCAGCUCAGGCUUUCCCCCUCCUAUUCAUGCUCCUGAUCGCUCGCCACCAUCAGAAGCCCCCGCUUUAAACGUAACGAUAAAAAUCGAAGAGCCGCCAGAACAGCGCGGUCGUUCCAGGAACAAACUCAGCAACGCCCGCUCCUACAGUAGCAGCCGUAGCAGGACCAAAUCGCGCUCGUUAGGCCGUCCUCCAUUGUCAGAGCACGAAAAUCUAAAGUGGACCAUAUUAGCACAUGACCCCUCUGAACGACUCCAUCAGCGCUCUGCGCUGACCACCAGCUUUGCUAUGGACGAGGAGGACCCUGUUAGUGACGAAGAACAGAUCAGCGACACAGACCUAGAUGCAGACCUCGAUUACGACCUCGGCGCCCGCGUACUGCCUAACUUCGCCAAAAGCAUCCAACACGUGCUAGAUUCACAGCCGGCCUGGCUAGCCGCCCAUAGAGCUUCUAUAAGUCCCCAAAACUCCCCGCUGGAGGUCAAUACCCUAAAUGGCACCUGCAAGCGCGCUAUAAAGCACAUCGCCCACCACCGCGGAUCUCCUCCGCCCAAAGAGUCCCCCGGCAGGUCCUUCCUCGUCUACCUCGAGGAUCUAAGCUUUUCUUCUGCUGAGAAGCUCUACGCUCUAACCUACACAUUUGGCGCUGUUAUCGCCAACUACGACACUCUAUACAUAUUGGUCCAGUGCGACCAGGACGACGUAGAAAAUCACAUGUCACGUGUCAAUGAACAAGUGGAAUUCCUACUCGACUGUACCAGUGGUGUGCUUGAUUACCUGGACGUUAUUAUCGUCACGCUUCACCACCAGUACCCUCGCCACCUUCUUACCGAGAUGAUUGAAGCCUUCCGGACCGUUGGUGUAGUCGUGCCAUUACAAAUCGCCACAGGCUCCCUUGCUGGCUAUGUCAGUUCCGUUCCAACUUUAGUUGUACGCAAGAAACUAAGGCGAGCGAGACGCAGGGGUUUCCACGAAUAG